AUGCAAAUGGUCAAGGAUGUUCUAGCCAACAGUGAUAAAGUUUCAGAGGUCCUACAAGAGUCUACUCAUCAGUUCAACCUGCUUACUUCACCCACCUUCCUACCAAAGGUCAAGGAUCAAGGGAAAUUCACUCUCCCUUGCACACUUGGGCAUCUUGAGAUUGACAAUGCCUUAGUGGAUUCUGGAGCAAGCAUCAAUCUGAUCUCUCUCUCCAUGGCAGAGAAGCUAGGCAUUGCUGGAGCCUUGCAGCGCCCUACUACUUCAAUCAUGUUUGGAGAUGCAACUUCUAAGUCUCCUCUUGGAGUGUUCAAGAACUAUCACUUGAAAAUUGGAGAAUGCAUCAUCCAAACUGAUCUCACUGUGAUGGAAAUGGAAGAAGAGAAGGAUUUGCCUUGUUAUUGGGAACCCCUUUCCUUACCUAGAGGUUCAGACUUUUGUGCCACAAUUGACAGUACCAAUCUCAGUUCUAAGAGUCAUGGAGCUACAAAGGUUGUGAAGGAAAGGGUUGACAAGGAACCAAGAGUUGGGAAGGAUAAGGAUGAGAGAGGACCAAGGAUUGAGAAGCCACGUCUUGAGAGGGCUAGAGUUGAGAAACCACGAUCUGAUAGGCCAAGAGCUGAGCGACUUGUUCAAGCCCCUUGUGUGCUUGAUGAAGAGAGCCUUCAAGCUUUGUUUGAUGAGCCACUAGGAAGGGCUCUAAAGAAGGGGAGGAUGCAGCCUCUAAGGCAAGACCAGGAGAUAAAAGAAAGGAUCCACCAGCUCAGGCCCCUUCAGUCAAGCCAUCUCAGCUCACAAUGA